GCUCAGGGUUUUUUGCAGUGGUAGACAGUUCGAGUUCAGAAAGCAAGAAAGAAAGUAUAAGGAAAAAGCCACGUGCGUCACCUCGGCAAAUUUACCAAUUUUUCCAAUUGUUUUGGCAAAUUUUUCAAUAUCGUACAUCUUUUUGGAAAUUAAUCGAAAUGGCAAAGAAAGCCCCAUGCAUUGGCAUUGACUUGGGUACUACCUACUCGUGUGUAGGUGUAUUCCAGCAUGGCAAAGUGGAGAUCAUUGCAAACGAUCAGGGUAAUCGUACAACACCAUCUUACGUUGCGUUUACCGACACAGAACGUCUAAUCGGAGAUGCAGCCAAAAACCAAGUAGCCAUGAAUCCUAUCAACACAGUUUUUGAUGCAAAACGUUUGAUUGGCCGUCGAUUUGAUGACGCCACUGUCCAGAGUGAUAUGAAGCAUUGGCCAUUCAAAGUUAUAAGCGAUGGAGGAAAACCGAAAAUUCAAGUAGAUUACAAAGGGGAAACGAAAACGUUUUCUCCCGAAGAGAUCUCUUCUAUGGUGCUUGUCAAGAUGAAGGAGACGGCUGAAGCUUACCUAGGGCAAAAAGUCACUGAUGCCGUGAUUACUGUUCCUGCAUAUUUCAACGAUUCCCAACGUCAAGCAACAAAGGAUGCAGGAACCAUCUCGGGAUUGAACGUCCUUCGUAUUAUUAACGAGCCGACAGCUGCUGCCAUUGCUUAUGGUCUGGACAAAAAGGUGACUGGCGAACGGCAUGUUUUGAUUUUUGAUCUUGGUGGCGGCACCUUCGAUGUUUCCAUGCUCACUAUCGAAGAAGGUAUUUUCGAAGUUAAAUCGACGGCGGGAGAUACGCACUUGGGUGGUGAAGACUUCGACAAUCGGAUGGUCAACCAUUUUGUUCAAGAGUUCAACAGAAAACACAAGAAAGAUUUGUCUUCUAACCCUCGAGCCCUACGGCGUCUUCGGACAGCUUGCGAGCGGGCCAAGCGCACCUUAUCUUCUUCCAGCCAAGCGUCAAUCGAGAUUGACUCGCUCUACGAAGGCAUUGAUUUCUACACCAGCAUCACAAGGGCGCGUUUCGAAGAGCUAUGCGCCGACCUUUUCCGUGGUACUUUGGAGCCAGUUGAGAAGGCCCUGCGAGAUGCUAAGAUGGACAAGUCCCAAAUUCAUGAAAUCGUAUUGGUUGGAGGUUCAACUCGUAUUCCCAAAAUUCAGAAGAUGUUGCAAGACUUCUUCAAUGGAAAGGAACUGAACAAGUCUAUCAAUCCUGAUGAAGCCGUCGCAUACGGUGCCGCGGUCCAGGCUGCAAUUCUUCAUGGGGAUAAGUCGGAGGCGGUCCAAGAUUUGUUGCUGCUUGACGUUGCUCCUCUGUCGCUUGGAAUUGAAACAGCUGGCGGUGUUAUGACUUCCCUCAUCAAGCGGAACACCACUAUCCCAACGAAGCAAACUCAAGUUUUCACAACGUAUGCUGAUAACCAACCUGGCGUCCUCAUCCAGGUGUACGAGGGAGAACGAGCCAUGACUAAGGACAACAAUCUGUUGGGAAAAUUCGAGUUGACUGGCAUUCCUCCUGCUCCUCGAGGCGUACCCCAGAUCGAAGUUACCUUUGACAUCGAUGCGAACGGCAUUUUGAACGUUACUGCUGCCGACAAGUCGACUGGUCGGGAGAACAAGAUCACCAUCACUAAUGACAAAGGCCGUCUAUCAAAAGAAGAAAUCGAGCGGAUGGUGAAUGACGCUGAUAAGUAUCGCGAUGAAGAUGAAAAGCAGCGUGAACGAGUGUCGGCCAAGAAUGCCCUGGAAUCGUAUUGCUUUAAUAUGAAACAGACCAUUGAAGACGACAAGGUCAAAGACAAGAUUCCAGAAUCAGACAGACAAACGGUAUUGGACAAGUGCAGUGAAGCCAUUAAGUGGUUGGAUGCGAAUCAACUGGCCGACAAAGAAGAAUUUGAACAUAAGCUGAAGGAAGUGGAAGGAGUCUGCAAGCCGGUUAUCACCAAGUUGUACGCAGCCGGUGGUGGAGCUCCAGGAGGAAUGCCUGGCGCUGCUGGAGGUGCCCCCCGAGGUGGAGCUGGCGGUCCAACCAUCGAGGAGGUUGACUAAAAAUCGUGCUCCUAAGCUAAUUUGCUCGUCUUAAUUCAAUACCUGAUCAAAAUAUUUUCUUAAAUGUGUCGAUUAACGUUAUAUGCGAGUUACCUAGUCCGUUACAAGUUGUGGUUUAAAACAUCUAAUUGUUGCUUGCUUUUAAGUAUUCCUAAUCCAGACGAGGAUAAAAGAAAAAAAAAAUACAGCUGUACGGAUUAAUGUAA